UUCUCACUUAUUUUCCAACCGAUUAUUUAACGUAAACACCAGUCUAGUGGUGCAUUUUUUCGUCCAAUAUGUUUUGCGUAUUUGGAGGUGAGGGAAAAUGAGCAAAAAAUGGCCGAAGAAUCGUGUUUAUCGACGAGUCUGGAACACCGCGAGUACCCCUUCGCGGAGCAGAGCCGCCAAUCGAGCGUCACUGCGGUCCUCAACUACUGCAAAAGCAAAAUUUUGAAUCCUUAUCUCCGCGUUUUGAGCCUCGUGGGCUUGAGACCUCUCAUCUCCUACCAACUCGAGUCGUGUUUCUGCUUCCAGUUCGUCAAUUCGGUGUACACAAUCCAACUGAUUGUUCUACUAAUCUUGGGGUAUUUGUUGCAAUACAUGGCAUGCUUUCGCCGAGAUAGAGGCUUCUGUUUUAAGCUCGUCAACAAUCCAUACUUGAUCCAAAUCGAGGAUGUUAAACAAAUCUACGAACAAAUAUGCCAUGCACCCCUUUUAUUCUCAUUUAUUAUCCCAAGUGUCUUACAUCUGAUCGGCUAUAUUCACGCCGUUUUGGUCAUACGACACUCCGAUGACGAUCAAUUGCCUGUUUUAAUGGAGCGAGUUUUCCUCUCCAGCAACAGCCAAAGCAAUCAAAGAAAACUCGUGAGAACUCUGUGGACCUUCGUGACCUUGACUGGUAUAUGGAUGAGCUUAUCACUUAUCACAGUUGUGUGUAUGAUGGCCAAUGGUACUAUCAAUUUCAAAUGGUUGGAAAACAUGCCAGAGGGAGUUACAGUGGGGCUCAAAAUCCUAUUAGUGGUUUGUAUUUUAUGGCACGAUGUCGUUCAAGCCACCAUUAUUUCAAACUAUUGCCUGCAAACCCAACUCUUGACCACAUAUUUGCAAUGCCUUCAAGAGAAAUUACUGCAACAACUUGUGCAACCUCUGGAGUGGAUCAGACACAUCGAAACGUUUAAAAAAAUGCUACGUUUCGUCAACAACGAACUGGCGCCUUCAGUGUGCGUUUUCACGUUUAUCAAUCUAGCGUGUGCGAUUUCAGGCAUCUUGUGGUUUUUUGAUUAUGAUAAUGUUGAUAAGGAGACGGUUCCGAUCGGGGGGAUAAGCACCCUCAAUGUGAUUCUAUGGCUUUUACUCGCUUUGGCCCCCUUUAUGCAGGCUUCCCGAUUAUCGAACGAAUGUGACAUUUUACGCAACGCCGGUCAAGAAGUUCGGACGCGGCCUUUCGUCCACCAAGACACUCCUCGCCACGACCUCGAUUCUAUCCUUUUGUAUACAGCGAGUCUAAAGUUGAGGGCUAAACUAUUUUCAGUGCCAAUAACUGGCCGAUAUCUGUGUUUGUUUUUCAUGUUAGUGGGAAUAGUGAUUUUGGUUUUGGGCCAAUGUCAUUAUUUCACUUCGAAUUGAACUGUUUUAAUCUAUUUAAUAAAUCAUUUUUAUCAGCAA